UUCCUUUAAGGAUGUCGAAGUUUUGUAGUUCCUGUGUAGUUGACCUGUCAGCGUUGUAGUACAAGCUGUCACUGCUGAUAAUUUGUCUAUCCCUCUGAUAGUUGCAGUUUUCCGUCAACAGCGCAGCGAGUACCAGGGUGUCGGACGCAGAGGACCGUUUGUACUCACCGUUGUUGCUGCUGUCAGCUAACCAGCGAGCUAACGGCUAAAGUUAGCUAACAAGCCCACCAACUUGACAGCUAGCGCGCUAGCUAGCAUUCGACGGCAGCUAGCAGCGUUAGCUAGCUUUUCUAGCGGUUACCUCGCCAGGCUGCUGGCAUUAGGAGGGGAGGAAGCCGCCCACUCCUGAAAAGCAGCCAUUCCGGACAAAAGAGUGAACGAUGGAGGCCCAAAGCUCCAGCGGGCUGCUGCUGACCAGAAAGAGAAGGAGAGAGGGCUCCAAUGGGGAGACUGAUGAGGGCGAGAGGCUUGUGAAAAUCGCCAGAUGUACCGUGGGACUGAAGCAUCCGGCACCUUUUGCAGAUGAGCUGGAGCCAGCUGAUGGUAAACCCUAUGAGAGAGUCAACAUGGAGGAGGCCAAGAGAGGAACACCACCUGACAGACCGGUGCGGGUGUAUGCAGAUGGCAUCUUUGACGUUUUCCACUCAGGUCACGCCAGAGCUCUCAUGCAGGCCAAAUGCCUCUUCCCAAACACACACCUCAUUGUUGGAGUGUGCAGUGAUGACCUGACCCACAAAUACAAGGGUUUCACGGUGAUGAACGAAGAUGAGCGCUAUGAUGCCGUCACACAUUGCCGCUACGUGGACGAAGUGGUGCGAAACGCUCCCUGGACAUUAACGCCAGAGUUCCUCGCAAAGCAUCGUAUUGACUUUGUGGCCCAUGAUGACAUCCCAUACUCCUCAGCGGGCAGUGAUGACGUGUACAAGCACAUUAAAGAAGCUGGUAUGUUCGCUCCCACUCAGCGGACAGAGGGCAUCUCCACCUCCGACAUCAUCACACGCAUCGUCCGUGAUUACGACGUGUACGUCAGACGCAACCUACAGAGGGGAUACACAGCCAAGGAACUCAAUGUCAGCUUCAUCAAUGAGAAGAAAUACCACCUGCAGGAACGUGUGGACAAGGUGAAGAGGAAGGUGCGUGACGUGGAGGAGAAGAGCAAGGAGUUUGUCCAGAAGGUGGAAGAGAAGAGCAUCGACCUCAUCCAGAAAUGGGAGGAGAAGUCCAGGGAGUUCAUCGGCAACUUCCUGCAGAUGUUUGGCCCUGAGGGAGCCCUGAAACACAUGCUGAAGGAAGGAAAAGGCCGCAUGCUGCAGGCCAUCAGCCCCAGGCACAGCCCCGACAGCAGCCCCACCCGCGAGGAGCGCUCCCCGUCCCCCACCUUCCGUCUCCCCUUCUUCACCAAGACCUCCCCUCCGCCUUCCCCGCCGCCCCACCACAGCGGGGCCCGCGGAUACCUCAUCAGCGAGGACGACGACGAAGACGACGACGAAAACUAGAGUGCGUUUCAAAAAAACCCUCCGCUUUUUCCGUCGGGUCCGCAGUCGGCUCUGCCAGUCAACUGAGCUGUCGAGUAGCGUGGUUUUCAUCGAGCUCCUGCUUCCAUUUUUUUUUUUUUUUGUUCUGUUUUUGAUUUUACUUUGAUGUUUAGCACUUCAGUGUCACGUUAACUGUACCAACCAGUUUCUACACAGCUCUUGUUUUUAACAGCCAACUUUAUCCUCUUUGUCUUUGUGUAACGGUCAGUAAAAGUUACCACUAGUCACUUGAGUUCUUUGAAAAAUUAGCCUCAUUUAUCUCAGUCACUUUUGAUGUUGAUUUUAUUUAGUCACUCACUGUCACUUAGGAAUAUUUGCAGGUGUUACGCUCAGUGCACUCUUCCAUCUAUGACGGUAUUCUUAAGGUGUGCAUUGUAGUGUAGUAAGAGUUUUGUGUUUUUGUUUUUGUCAUUAGCGGGAGGGCUCGCGGGGUUUUUUCGGUCACUUGUCGAAACAGCACGCCGUUGUUUCGGAGCGCGAGAGGUGACCUCAUGGAGACACUGUUGAAUAUAUGUGGGGGAAGUUUUUCAGAUCAGGUCAGAAAACAAAGGGUUUAAAUGAUCUGCUCAUGUGGUGGAGCAGUUGACAUUCUGCGCUUACUAACAUGAAAUCAUUUUUCUUUUUCUUUCUUUUCAAGUAACAGGGAAACUCCAGAUUAAAUACAGUCAGAGCAGAAUCUGAGAGUAACGGUGUUAAAUGUCAGCUAAACAGCAGCUUUUUUUUUUUUUCUUGAGGUUGUCUGCCUGCUUCGGGGCUGUACGUCUGUGUGUAUGUGCAUGUGAUGUUUUGCGCGCGAGCUCUCUUCAGUACGUCGGCAUGUUUGAAGUGUCUCCUGUCAACACAGAUCUGGGUUCAGCUUGACUUUAACUACAUAUAGUAAUACAUCUUUCCACAGACGAGAUUCUCUAUUUGGAGGAGCAGUUUCAAAGUGGACGCCUUUUUAAAUGUGGCGUAAAAGAAAGUCUUUGUGAGGAUGAUCCAUUUAAAUGUUGAUGUAGAAAUACUUAUUUUUGUAGGUGUCAUCUUUCCUUUCUUUAUCCUCUGUACAGAUAUGAUCUUAAUCUUCUUAGAAGUGCAGGCUGAGCAGAGAAUCAACAUGAGAAAGGCUGAACUUGUUAUAUUUUUUCUUUCCUCUAAUGCAGAUCUGGAACUUAAGGAAGUAAUAAUUUUCUUGAUGAUGAUAAUAGAAGGUAUUAGGUUUUCAUAUAUACAUUUAAAACACCUGAGCGGUGUAAAUUCCCAACUAAGAAAUCACCUCUUGUGUUUCGUUGGAGUCAUAAGCACAACAUAGGUUUCUUUCAUGAGUAAGGCCUCCUCAUUGGUUUCACACAUAGAAGGGAAAAUACAUUUAAGGCUUCGGGGGUUUUCCAAAUCAGGCACCGAUCUACAGGACUACCACUGAAUGCAGUGAGUCUGCAUCAGUACUAGAAAUGUAUUUUGGUAGCCUGGACUGCACUGUCUCACACAGGUGGGCGAAGGGUUCUGGUUUAUGUAUCAGCGAAACUCCAGAUCAACAUUUAUGUAGCUACCUCCUUCUUCUCCUGAACUGAUUCUCUUUCCUAAGAUGAGCACAAAGUAUGAGCAUUAUUUUUUUUUUCCUUUCUAAACAGAGCCAUUGUUCCAGCACUGAAGCAACGUGACUGGUCAAAUAUUUGAGAUUUUCGGGCGUCAGUGUGUAUGUGUGUGUGUGUGUGCGCGUGGGUGUGUGCAUCUUGCAUCUCCGGUGAUUAAAGCAUGUGUUGUGUCUCCUAUUAUAACUGAACACGAAUCAUCACAGGUGAUCUGAAGAUGUAAUGCAAUACUGUUAGAUGACUCUAAUAUAAAUGUUGACAGAUGUCGGAUCGAUCUGUUUUCGGCCUGGUUUCCCAAAAGCUCUUGCAGUUUCUCUGCUGCAGGGACAAAGACUGCCUCUACUGUUGUGGGUGUAAAUCAGAUAUUAUGGUUGGGAAAUAACUGCUCUGCUUCUAUGAACUACUUUUGGUAUUAAAAGUACAAAAACCAGUAUAAUUUGCUGAGGAAAUCCAGCCUAGAUUUUGGUGCUAAGCUACUUUUGGGAAGCCUUGCCUCGAUUCUUGUGGAAUCUGUUCUUUCAAAUCAGUGUGAACUUCUCAUUAAGAGCAUGUCCACGUUCAGAGCCCAAGUUGGCAUAGACUUCAAGUGGCAAGCCAAUAAAGAGCCACUACUACAAAGGUAAAAAUGUAAAUGUUUUUAACAGCAGGUGUUUUAUUCAUGUAUUAUUUUACUGUUUGGGGUUAUUUUUGUUUUACGUCCUGGAUGUAGAGAAAGAGCAAGACAGGAAAAAUGUAUUAAACAUGUUGGCCAAAGCA